CUCAGCCCCACACAUGUGCUUGUCGAUGCAAUUCUAAUGAGACUUUGAUCUCUGUGCAUCUGCACUUAACAAACCAUUUUUCACAAUGGCGCCCUACUACCCUCUCACUAUCCACCGGAGCGAUGGUCAAUUCGAAGUAGCUACUAGAUCUGGUGUGAAGGAAGUCAACCAGCCCACUACACAGCAGAUGAAUGACACUCCAGAUGCCAAUGGAAAUGUCGAUUGCUAUAAGAAGCUGGAGGUCGAUGAAGCUAAGCAUGUGGAUUGGAGACGGAAGCUUGGUGGCAUGUUAAUGCAUCUGCUUGGUGGAAAGGCGCAUGCUGACAGAAACUACAUUCUCAAAGAGUUUCCUGAAGGCUAUGUACUGUGGGAGCAUGUCAAAUACAAUGUGGAGAAGGCGGGAGCAGAGAGCAAGAAAGAGAAAGGCAAGCACGCAGCUGGUGUCUUUGAGCGUCAGGAUGCCUACCUAUACGGACAUCCGCAAGGACGAAAGAAGAGGUUCAGAAGCCCCGCGGACUUCUUUCCACACCUUCUGUGGCUUGCGACAGACGAAGACGGUGAUCCCAUGAACUGCUCCUGUAAGAUUUGUUCACCAGAUGGGGAUGAGGAUCCAGAAGCAUUCUCUGGCAAGAGUGAGCUCAAGACUGAAGUCAAAUUUCACCCCCCAACGUUGUCCGCAGCACCAAAGCCAACCACCAACUACACGCCAUCCUCUUCUACCUCCGCGGCGCCUUCAAAACCUGCAUUUCAGCCUGGCCCAGCCACAAUGUCGAAGGAACAGACGGCAGAUGCUACUCCGGGUGGGAAAUACAUCUACCGUCCAGGUGAACUCGUUUGGUUCAACAAUGGCAGCAAUUGGCGACUUGGAGUUAUUGCAAAGAGGGGGCUGAAGAACAAUAAACCCCGAUACCUCGUACAACCUCUCUCGAAUCCCCAUCAACAGCAGAAAUAUCAGAUUAAGGAGGAUGAGUGCCUUCUUCGACCAUGGCUAGCUUGGAGUGUGCCACCUACUACAGUCGUGCAACUCAACGAUAUGAUGUUCGACCAGGUUCCUUGGGAUCGUGUUGUUCGAGGGGAGUUCGACCAAGCCGGCCACGUUAUGGAUUAUAUUGUUGACGGCAGUAUUCUCGCUGCAAAGGUCAUCGACGCAUCAUACUCCCUCUUCGAACGUAACGAAAAGGCACUUGCAAAUCCAGGGGAGGUUCACUACAAUGGAAUGUUCUUCGGCGCGGAGAAGAUCUGGGUUGGUGAACCUGUCCGUGUCCGCACUUCAGCUCCUGGUGUUCCGACUCCUGAUAUCGUCGUCCUGAUUAUCCACAAACUCAUUGAGAAAACCACUCCUGAAGGUGCAUCAGCCGUCACAUUUGUUGGGGAUGUCUACAAGUUCGUCGAAAUGCCAACACCGUAUAAGAACCCCCAAGAGUGGCCCACCAACCCCGAUCUCCCUCCACGAAUGAGCAUGGAUCUUCGAUACCGCAAUGAGAUCGCGCAUCUGGCGACGACGGGAAUGUGGUAUGAGUGGCGACUACUUGAACCGGCUGCACGCAAAGGGCUCGCUGAUGUCAAAGGUCGCUGGUACGAGACACACACACUUCUCCCUAUUCUACGUGGCCCGGACAAGUUUCAGGAAGAUGUCAACAAGGGCAAAACAAGCGAUGUAGGCCAGUUCAUGAACGGGAGACGAGACAACAAUGCCGUUCCAGAGCAGAGGAAGAAGAAUAGGAGGGAUACCUUGGGCCAGGCUGUUCCCCUCAACUUCAAAGUCAGUCGAGGUUUGGAUGGUCCGCCUGCAGAUGAUGUUUUUCCAGACGAUCAAUCGCAAGCUCAACCCCAACAACCGCAACAGCAGCAGAGACAACAACAAGGCACGUUCGAUGGCGAUAUGUCGCAGUUCAUGAAUCUCGAUCAGGCGGAUCAUGGUUUCUAUGGCAGCGAAAUGCAGCACUAAGGAGCUUACACACGGAGUUGGCGUUCUUACAAAAUUGCAUAGUGGAGUUCUGCUACUUCGCAGGCGCAUUUGUGUAGAAUAGAUACCCAUUUCUUGCUAGCAUUCGGGGCGCCAUAGCUCUGAAAGCUACGUCUGUAUCACAGCAGCUGAAUCGUAAUUGCAGAUUGCACAAAGCAUUCUAUGUCCCAGGCCCAGCAUGUGAAACAGUAGAGAUUAUUCCUUCCUGCUUCGUGCCUUUGUC